AGAGCACUCGUAUUCCCUGUUUCUCCCAACUACUGGAUUCGUAAACCGCGUAUAUAUACAAAGGGCAAUACUGUUCACAAAGCUUCAAUCAUCGCGACCCCAUCUGACGUUUACAUAUCGGUUUGCAUUCGUCGUGUUUCGCGAAUGAAUACAAACGCCGGCGAUCGGGCCAGAUUACGGUGAUGAGAUUUCGGUUGAUCUCUCCCGUCGCGGGGGCGGGGGGGUCGAGUUUCCCUCUCGUCGUCCCCGACGAGGCCGUCGUUCGCGUUUAUACGGGCACAGCGCCCGAUAGCUAUAUACACUCACAAGCCGUCCUUAUUGAUUUUCCUGGUGUAGGCGCACGCGCCAUCCCGUUCCCGAUUUUGCGACAAGGGGGGUGCGGCUGUAACCAUGGAUCCCAGUGUACUCGCCACCAUGGACAAGGACGCACUGAAGAAGCAGAUCGAGAACAUGAAGUACCAGGCGUCCAUGGAACGGUGGCCCCUGUCGAAGAGUAUCGCGGCGAUGCGGGAGUACGUGGAAGAGAACGAGAAAAACGAUCCGCUGAUACACGCGCCCGACAAGAAGAACAAUCCCUGGGCCGAGAAAGGCAAGUGUAUAAUCAUGUAAUCGGGGCCAGAGCGCGGUGGAAGGGCAACAGAAGAAGAAGGAAGCGUGCAUACAAAAACCGUGGGGGGAGGGGGAGGAGUCCGGUUGUUCAUCCGCGGCAAAGGGAAUCUCAGCCAGAGAUCACGAAGCGGGGAGGGAGGAGGAGAAGCAAGAGGAGCAGGAGGAGAAAACGCAAGGAGGAAGAGGAAGAGAUAUGCCCGGUGGACGUCCGCUGCGAUUCGAUCGCGGUUCGCGGAUCUACCCGAUCGUCAUCGAAGCGAUCGUCGACCGGCAACCCUGAUGCCGAAAUAGAAACGUGGGCUACGAUCGAUCCCGCAGUCGAUCUGUGCCGAUCGAAAAUCGGACUGAAGCCAAAUCCGUUUGCCGGACCGUUCCGUUCCUCCGGGACCACGAUCGCGCGGCGUGCGGCUUUGCCGGCCAAUUUCCCGACCCGUGUCGUCUCCGUCAGAUCCAUCAUAUCGUCAUCCUUCGCUAAUUGUUAUAUUCGUAAAGAUAUUCCGAGAUAACUCGAAGCCUGUGCAUCGAUCGGCCCGUUGACACAGACAAAAGGAUACGAAAACAAGAUAAAAGAUUAAAAAAAAAAAAGAAAAAAAUAACGAAAAUGACGAUCGUAUAAAUCUUAUGAAACAACCGCGUCGUUAAUUUGCGUCAAAUUCAAAACGUCUUGCGUUCGCGAGGUACCAACGGGGCGCAGAGGCGAGAAGCGAGAAGAAAAAGGAGGAAAACACCUGGAAGAUUUGUGAAAACGGAUGAACCACUUCCCGGCUCGAUCAACGUCGAAUUAAUCGCCGCAUGCCACGCGACGUACCGCCCUGUACAUCUCAUUCGCCGAUGCAUUCACUUGCCGUGUUAAAACUCUCUCCAUUCACCGAUCAACCCAUGAACGCAAUUUAUUCUUAACGUUACGUGUAUACAUAAAUCUAUAUAUAUAUAUAUAUAUUCGUAUUGUACAAGCGUACAGUUAAUUACUGUAACGGAUAAUUUUAAUUAAUCUUGUAUGUACCUCUGCGCGAAUUUCUUACGAAAAUAUAUAACACGACCAGCGACUGAAAAUCCAAAAUCCUGUUUUCUGCAUUCGUUACUCGUCUCUCAGGGAAACGCGUGCACGGCAGAAUCGUCACACAUAAAGUUCUUAAAUUGAAAAUCGCGAGUCUUCAAUUUAACGAAAAAUCAUCUGAAGUGCGACCGGAAUCGCUCUACCGCGGCAUGACAUUCGAUUCUCUCUUUCGCUUUUUCUCUUUCUUCCUCGUCGUCUGACUAGUUGCUAGCCGUUUCUACUGACAAUCACGAUAUGUACGCCCGCGGGAUUCUGGCAUCGCUACACUCUCUAUUUAUCGAGAUACGAGAUAUUCGAUGAUGCACGCGCAUGAGAUUCCGCAAUUGCUAAAAAUUCUCCGCGUUUUUAAUUUCUUAUUAACAAUAUUAACGUACAUAUGUAACUUAUUAAUCAAACGACGAGGUGUUCGAAUACUAUCGUAUUGCUAUUUUUAUAUUCGAAUCGGUGGAAUGUAAACUGCGUGAAUAUGUUUUGUUUAAUGAUUAAUUAUUGUUACGAAAAGGCGUCGAUACUUCAAUUUGCCAAAAAAGUGUUACAAACAAUUGUGAGACAACUUGUAUAGAGAACGCAUGUAUUAUUAUUUGUAUAGGAAACUUGGAAUUUUUAUCGAGACAAUUCUCAUGUAUAUGAAAGAUAAAAUGUGAUGACAUAAUAUGCCGAAAAUAAAGUUGACUGGAACGCAAAUAUA